CAGUGUAAGCUGUAAAUAUUCCCGAUCUCGCAACAAGUCGAAAACGCGCGCGCGCAACGGAGACAAACAAUCCUAGAAUCUUGGCAGCUGACUUCCUCUUUGGAUGAUCAGCGUUAUACCCAGGCCGGUGUACACUAGGUUGGCAGCUGGUUGGGUAACUACUACAUAUGGAUGCUCGUACGCAUUACAUACCGGUAUACUUUGGGCUUGCGGCUACAAUUUUGUUCGUCCCUUGCCUCGGGAUCUGGCUUGGGAUUCAGUCCUGAUAGAGAGCUUUUUUUUUUUUUUUUUUAAUUUGGCAUCGUAGGAACGUCGUGUCUCGGGACCGAAAAGCUUGAUCACGGAUUUAAAAACAAUAUGGGAA